ACGUAGAUGUAGCAGACUUCAUCCGGAUUCCUUUUGCGGUUUGUUGGUGUUAUUUACUGUUAAGUAAGUUAUAAUUUUAACGUGUUGUUCAUUCAUCCCAGAUCGAUGAAUAUCGAAACUAAACAUGAUCAAAUAUAUCACCCUGUUUAUAUUUGUUGGAAUAAUUUCCACGGAGAACGCAUCAACUUUGGAUAAUUAUGGGACAGUACUGACUGAGCAAAUGAAUCGAUAUUGCCAAACGUAUAUGUCUCAAGAUACCGACGAUACAUUGGCAGGGCAACCGAGAACGGCCCGAGUAGGAAAAGCUGGGCCAGUGGGACCACCUGGACUCCCCGGAAUAGUCGGCUCACGUGGGCCCAUUGGAAGCGUCGGCCCACAAGGGGUCAAAGGUCAUCCCGGGGCUCCUGGGUCGCCAGGCGAUGUGAACUACACCAGAAUCGAAGAGAUUGUACAAGAAAAAAUAAACAGUGUGUUCUCGGUGGUGCUCAAUAAAGACUGCAACAAUUUUGCUACAACCGAGUUAGCCCUUGUGAAGAACAAAACAGGUGGCGUCUUUGCAAUCUAUCCCGUAAUAUGGAACCAAAUAAUUCACGUUUAUUGCGACACAUCGACAGACGGAGGAAAAUGGAUGGUUUUUCAACGAAGGUCUAACGGAGUGAUCGAUUUCACCUCGUAUACAUGGGCCGAAUAUGCAAAUGGAUUUGGAAACCCAGCCACAGAAUACUGGAUGGGAUUGGAGAAACUACAUCGAUUAACAUCAGACGGUGACUUUGAACUCAGAAUUGAUUUGGAAGAUUGGGAGGGAAAUAAACGCUACGCCAAGUAUUCGACAUUUUCCAUCGGGUCUGCUUCUACAAAAUACCAACUCAAUGUUGGAAAAUAUUCAGGGGAUGCUGGGGAUGCACUCACACCUGAACAUAAUGUAAGGAAUUUUCAUGACACAAUGAAGUUUACGACGGUGGAUCAGGACAAUGAUAAUGCCGGUGGUAACUGUGCAAAUUCUUGGAACAGUGGUGGAUGGUGGUUUAAUGCUUGUCAUAUUGCAAACCUCAACGGUAAAUAUGUCAGUGGAGGUCAGACUAGUAGAGCUUGGGAAGGAAUCAUCUGGGGACAUUGGAAAGGAGGCGGGAUAUCAUUAAAGUCGACAGAAAUGAAAUUUCGUCCGAGAAUGUAAAGAUGUUCAACCAUCAAUCUAUUAAAACCAAGGCUGUUGAGUUAGGGUCGCAAUUUCCAAUUUUUUCUGAAUUUGUGUUGCAAUUUUGAACAAAAAAUUUAAAUACCAGACAAAACUUAUCAUACCAAAAUUUGUUUUGGAAUCAGAAGAACGAGUCAGAAGUUGUUGACGUGUGCAGAAAGAUAAUUACUAUAAAUCAUCAUUAAUAAUACAAUUUAUUAUGUUGAAUAUCGACAAAUUAGAUUUGAUUAAUUUUUAUUCUGUCAGACCAUCAGGAAUACCCGA